AUGAAGAAGUGUCAUUCGCUACUGACAGUUGCCUCUGGUGACAGCGGAUUUUAUGACAAGCCAGCAGCUGUGACGUCGUCGAGUGACGUCGGUACGUCUGCAGCCUCCUCUGCUCGCAGAACACCGGAGAACUUCCUUGGAGAAAACAAGAAUCUAGUAAAUUUGGAUAAUCUUCUUGGUGUAUCUUCAACAAACCCUGCCUACGCGAACCCUUUCCUUAUUGGCUGCACUACAGCGUCGAAUCCUUUUGCUUCGCAGCAACGAAAGUCGCCAACAUUGAAUGAAAUGCGAGCCGCUCAAGGAUCCACUGUUCCACCUAUUCCACAAAUAGGUCCUCGUGUUGAGACUCUUCCGAAAUCAAUUCCAACACUGCACGACCCUAAUCCAUUUUUCAGUUAG